AAACGUUUUGAUCAUUUCUGUACAUGGCAUUUUAUCCAUAUAUUGAUAUUUGUCAUGAUAGUGUAAUUAUAUUUAGUCCAUUUCUCUAACCUGACGGAAUGGAGAUUCCAGUGGUCAUUCGUUACCCAUUCUACCUACCAGAGGAUGGGCUAAACAUCGUUAUUACGAUGUAAUGUGAAGGAAAGUCGACUGCCGUUGCUUAUAUACCUAAGCUUUUUAGAGAUUUAUAUGAGAUAGUUUGUUGUGAACAAGGAGGUCUGACUGCAGAAAAGUCAUGGCACUGUCGAUGCAAAAACCCCUCGCUCUACUGAUGAGGACGCACGUGCUGUUAAGUUUUGCUUUUGUGAUGCGGCUGCUGUUGGUUGGAGUCGGCGUUUAUCAGGACAGAACUAUGGUCGUAAAAUACACGGAUAUCGAUUAUCACGUCUUUACAGAUGCAGCGAGAUAUGUCACACAGGGUGAGUCACCCUACAACAGAUCCACCUACCGCUACACUCCCUUCUUGGCCUGGAUGCUGACCCCUAACAUCUACCUGACGUUUGUCUUUGGGAAGCUGCUGUUUGUGGCGUGCGACGUCCUCACUGGCCUGCUCAUCCAGCGGCUGCUGCUGCUGCGCGGCCUGCCGGAGUCGUCGGCCUGCCUCUACAGCGCCCUCUGGCUGCUGAACCCGCUCCCCGCAGGCGUGUCGUCCCGUGGCAACGCAGAGUCCCUGCUGUCGGCCCUGGUGCUGGCUACGCUGCUGUGCCUGGAGCGCGGGCGGCUGCGCGCCGGCGCCCUGCUCUACGGACUGGCCGUGCACAUGAAGAUCUACCCGGUGGCCUACGCGCUGCCUAUCGCCCUCUCGCUCCAGACCAGGGAGCCCGCGACGGGUACUGUAUCUGGAGGGGCGCAGGGAGGGGCAUUGAGCUGGGGGUGGAGGCUGUGGAGGUUCGUCUGCAGGGUGUUGAACAGAGACCUUCUCAUGUUCGCGCUCAUCUCUGGAGGACUUGUCUGUGCGCUGACACUCCUGUUUUAUCACAUGUACGGCUGGGCCUUCCUGCACGAGACCUACCUGUACCACUUGACGCGGCGAGACAUCCGGCACAACUUCUCGCCGUACUUCUACAUGCUGUACUUGACUGCGGAGAGUGGUGGCGGUGGCUGGAGCCGGGUGCUGGGCCUGGCGGCCUUCCUGCCCCAGGCUUCCCUGCUGCUGCUCAGCUCCCUGGCCUUCCACAAGGACUUGGCCCUCUGCUGCUUCCUCAACACAGCCAUCUUCGUCACCUUCAAUAAAGUCUGCACCUCGCAGUACUUCCUGUGGUACCUGUGUUUGCUGCCACUGGUUAUUCCUCAUCUCUCUCUGUCACUCAAGAAGGGACUGGGCCUUCUUGCUCUCUGGUUUGCCGGACAGGGUCUUUGGCUCGCCCCGGCGUACUGCCUGGAGUUUGAGGGCCAGGACACGUUUGUCCUGAUCUGGCUGGCGGGACUGCUCUUUCUCAUGAUCAACACCUACAUCAUGGUAUCCAUCAUCUCCCACUACAAGCCAGGACUGCACUCCAGGGAACACCAGAGGCUCAAAGCUGACUGAACCUGACCCUGUUUCUCUAAAACAGAGUUAGCUACUUUGCCAAUGGGAAAUUGCCUGGCAACCAAGUACUAAGUUAGCAGAAGCGCUGUUGAGAAACGCACCCCUGAACGGUCACCACAGCGGGGUUUCUUGAUGCUCCUUGUUUACUCUGGAGGAAUUCCCGUGUUCUAGCUGCCUGGAACUCUUAUGGUGCUAAACAUGGGGUGGUUUUGGGCAUUUGGUUUCAACCAGCAGGGCCAUGCCCUUGAUGACCCAUACAGUGCAGUACCAUGUCUGACCAGCAGGUGGCAGUCAGUUCACACUCAGCGCCAAGCUGUUUGGCUCUGACUCAAUGGAGAUAGUCUAUCUUCAUUCAGUGUCUUAUGCUCUUACAUCAGUCAUUCUGCUGAUGAAACUAUCGAUUUAAAGAAUUUCUGUUGGAAACCCAUCAACAAUGAAUAUAUGCUCUUAUUCUUCUGGUUUAAACAGUAUUUGUAACCUCAGAGUUUCAGCAUUUGGGUUGGUGUGCCAUAGGCACUGGGAUAGUGACAUGGAUAGUCAAUGAGGGUACAGAAUACAAAAUGGAUGGGCUUGUUGAAAUGGAUAUAAAGUACCCAGAAUUAUGGAUAUAGAAGAUAAGACAGAAUGGACCUGCAAAGCAGAAAUGGUGAAAUAAUCAGUUGAAAAGUCAGAAUGAGAUGUCUGCAAACUCAGGCCGCCCCUAAAGCCUCUGACAGUGCAGUUUCAUAAGUGUCCACCAUGUGGCGGUGUCUAGCCAAUAAGGACCUGGAGCUGCGCUGUAUAUCCUCGCGUGCCCUCUUGCGUUAUUGAGGCCAUUACAGCAUGAACACAAAUGAAAACAAAAUGUAAUGGAGAGGACUUGUUUGCUGAGAGGAUUUGGAUUAUCAACUGUCCUCUUUUUUGUUUUGUUUGUAAAGAUGGAGUUUGUAGGAUUGGGACCAGAGUAGGCAAUGCCAAUCUUACCAAUUGCAACUCUGCUGCCCAUUCCCAAAGUUGGUCUUUCCAUGAAUAUUUACAGGGUAAUAAAUUUGUAUUUACUGUUCUGACCCAAGUAAAGUUAGUUUUGCAGCAAAAUAAGUUUAAGCUUAUUACUGGAAAUUCAAAAUGGUGAACUCAGAGAAGCUCCACCUUUUUAUGUAUGAAAAAAAGUAGCUUUCGCAGUCACAUAUCAUAUUUAAAAAUUGAUGGCGGUGGAAAAUACUUUUAUAAAAAAGAUUACAUUUGUGAAUGGGCAGGAUCAUUUCUGGAAGCAAACUACUACAAGAAUUACAUGCUCUAAUCUUUAAAUAGAGACUGCAUUGAAUGGGAGCGAAGAAUCUUCUUCAUCAGGGUUUGUAAUCUGACACUACUGGGAAAUAUGUCUUUAUAAUAUUAUUCACGGUGCAGUUAAUA